AUGGAACAGCCGCAUUUCCUAAAGGUGGCUUCUAAAUCCGCUGCCAGCUUAUUGUCGACAACUUCAGUUCCACAUCCUAGUUCCACCACUGAGGCGACCACAGCAAUCAACUAUGAGAAUGUGAAUCUGGAGAUACAAUCCAUCCGAAAUGGUUCUCCAUUGACACAAUUUGACAACAGUAGUAUAGCUUCUGAGCUUCACUUGUCGGAGUACAUCGAGGACUUGCCUUUUCUUCCGGCGAACCUACGCAACGCACAAGGAUCACUGGACGACCGCAGUUACUUCUCAACGUUCAAAAAUCCGUUAGGGUUGAGUGAAGAACAAUACUUUCGCCAAUACAUCCUACCGUCCAAAACAAACGACAACAAGCAGUUUCACCUGAAAUUAAAGCAUUUUUUCAUUUUCUCAACGGCCGGCAAACCAAUUUAUUCAAUGAACGGAUCGGAUGAUGUGGUGAUCGGCUACAUGGGCAUUCUCACUACAAUUCUUUCGACUUUCCAAGAGGAUCUUCAUAAAGACCUCAGCAGCAUAAAAGUGGGUGACGAGGUAAGAGCAGUUGCCUUGAAUCGAGGACCCAUAGUGUUAUUUGCGAUCACAAAGUUAACGCAUGAAACUGAUAGCCUUCUCAAGUCUCAGCUACAUCUCCUAUACUCGUAUUUGUUGAGUAUACUAUCGAAAUCAGCUAUCGAUAAGCACUUCAACAAUGGAUUGAACUACGAUUUACGGCGAAUUUUGAAUGCAUUGGAUUUUGCAAAUUUGGAUGAAUUAUGCAUGAAGAUUACAUAUGGACUUCCUAAUGGACUCGACUUUUACUUGGGUUUAUUGUUUUCAUGUCGCCAAAGCAUCAAAGUACGAUACACAUUACGAACCAAGAUGAACAGAAUACUUAAAACUUACAAGGACGAUGAUUUGCUAUUUACGAUCUUGGCCAAGUCUAAUGUCGUUACAAAUUUGAUCCGUAACAAAGCGCAUGAUCUUUCGGACAAGGAUUUGAGAUUAUUGUUAUUUAUUGUGAAAUCUAUGAAGAACAAGGAAGAAGACUUGUGGAUGCCGCUAUGCAUGCCUGAAUUCAAUAGUCGUGGUUUCUUGUACGUAUUUGUUCGUACAUGGGGUCAAAAGAGCCUAAUACUCAUCAGUGGGAAUAAGAAUUCCUUCUACAAACUAAAAGAGGUGGCAAACGGAAUCAUACUCACUGCAGAAAGAGCACAGAAUGGGGAGUUUUUGAACAACUUUCGACAAGAGUUGCAGACCCCAAUUUCGAGCCAAAUUCCAUUCGCUGUCAAGCAUUUUGUGUAUGUUAACAAGAGCCUCAACCAGUUUAUUUGCAGCGAAACUCCUUAUAACAAUAGAGAUAUCGUACUUCAAUUGAUCGAAGCCUACACUCAGUUGAAGAAUAACAAGUCAAAUAUACAGGUCCAAGAUGCCUCGACUAAAUACAAGAAACUAAGCUACAUGAAGUGGGAGAGUGCGACUGGUUUCAUGAUCACUGACGAUUCAUAUACGUUUUACUGCGUCGUUAAUGAUGAUCUUGAUUCCAGAAAAUUGAUUGACACCAGUCUCUCCGUAAUCAAAUGGUGCAAGAAAAAUCAAUCACGGUUAUUUUUAACUACUGGAUAG